GCCGAACCGAGGCACGCCUCUUCCUGACAAGGGGAAUCAGUGCAACUCUACCUACAUCGUACUGAGGGCUUGUUAAUUUCAUUUGGACCUGGCUUACUAUGGAGAUUUCAUUCAAAGGCAAAGAAGCUCUGGUCACCGGAGCAGGAAAAGCUUUCGUACUUUUUCAACAGAAAUCCGGCAUUAGAUUGCUGCGUGCGUGUUUGUGAAUAGCUCCCCUUGAUGUGGGCGGCCUCCUACUUGAAUGCGAGGGAUUGGCAGGGCCACUGCUCUAGCUCUGGCACUUUGCGGUGCAAAUGUCACGGCGCUCUCACGCACUCAGGCUGACCUGGACAGUUUGGUGAAGGAGUGUCCAUCCAUCGUCCCUGUGUGUGUAGACCUGGCAGACUGGAAAGCCACAGAGGCGGCCCUCAAAAACGUUGGCCCGAUUGAUCUGCUCAUCAACAACGCAGCAUGUGCCAUACGCCAGCCAUUUCUUGAGGCCACACCUGACCAAUUUGACCAGUCUUUCAAUGUGAACGUGAAAGCGGUGCUGAAUGUAUCCCAGAUAGUGGCUCGUGGGAUGAUCGCAAGAGGCUAUGGGGGCUCCAUUGUAAAUGUGUCUAGUAAAGCGUCACAGCGUGCACUAAAAAACCACGCAGUGUACUGUGCCACGAAAGCAGCACUGGACAUGUUGACGAAAGCCAUGGCUCUGGAACUGGGACCACAUCAGAUACGUGUCAACAGUGUGAACCCCACUGUGGUGAUGACUGAAAUGGGCCGACAAGGUGGUUGGAGUGACCCCGAGAAAGCCAAGACUAUGACAUCUCGCAUCCCGCUGGGCCGCUUCGCAGAGGUGGACGAAGUGGUGAACAGUAUUUUGUUUCUACUGAGUGAUAAAAGCACAAUGACGAAUGGAGUAUCUCUGCCACUGGAUGGAGGUUUCCUUGCCUGGUAAACCAGCACAACGCAUCAUCAACGCUUCAGCACUCAUGUGUAACCCCCCCCCCCCCCCCCCCCCCCAAAAUUGGAACGUUUCACAUGUCAGAGUUGCCAAUGUGGUUAAUCAACCCAUUAUUAAUUCAUUCUUCUUUCAUUUUAAGGUUUUGAGUUCGCAUUUUUGGUCAGGAGUUGCCAUGUUCUGUGGGCUUUCUCCAGGUUCUUGGUUUUUGUCAGUAAUUUGAAAAAGGAGUUGUAAAUUUGACUGAAGACUCCAAAUUGUCUAUAAUCUUUAAUGGAAUGAGGUAUGGCUGUUUGCUUUGCAACCAUUUCAGGGUGUAACCUGUCUGCCAGCAAAAGUGAUUAGCACAUGAGCUAAGCUAAUGUACUGUACUAAUGUAUGUGAGAAAGGUGAUAGAUGACAGCUGCAAGCUUGCAAGUACAUUUGUUGCUUCUGAAGCAGCCACAGAAGCAACACCUGUAUAUAAAACCUUUUGUACUGUUUAUAAUGUGUUUUCAAUUGUGGUCAAAUACUUGGGGCGAGUUCAUGUGAUUGUUUUUGAUGAUGUGCGGACGCUAACUGAUACAUGCUAAUCGUUUGUGUGGAUUGUAAUAGCUGUAUCAGCAGCUAGUUAUAAACAUAUAAACAUAUUUGAAUUGCUCUUGAAGAUGAAACUGAUUUAAUGUCAUUUUUAUUUUAGUUACAUUCUACAAGUGUUGAUGUCUUGAGCAGCUGAAUAAAGUAAGCAAAGCACA